UUAAAUGUUUGUGACAAACAUGGCGUUGUGCGGUAUUGGGGGGGAAAGUGACACGUCCUGCCUCGCCCUGAAUAAAUACUGAGUCGAUGCUGCCAACCUCUGUAUGGCACGGAGGGAAGUUCCCUGUCAAAAGUACACAGACAUGCACUCUUAGCCAGCAUCAAAAGUCCAAUGUUCAGCACCGCCUGCUCGCCUUUUUAUUUUUCCGCCGCCGCUGCACUGAACACCCAGACUGCACCAGGACUCACAGCUGGCUGAGUUUGCGGCGAUAGAGGAGGUCCGGAUUGACUUCAAAAAGAAAGUUAGGCCGGGGUACCGCAGUCAUGUCUGGACAAAACACAUUUGUCAGCCCGUUUCACAGACCCCAGUGUUUGGCUGCUGCAGCUCCCGCGGGGAAAGCCAAACUUACCCAUCCCGGCAAGGCCAUUUUAGCAGGUGGGAUUGCAGGAGGCAUAGAGAUCUGCAUCACCUUCCCAACAGAAUAUGUUAAAACACAACUGCAGCUAGAUGAAAAGGCCAAUCCUCCUAAAUACAAAGGCAUUGUUGACUGUGUGAAGCAGACAGUGAAAGGUCAUGGUGUGAGGGGUCUUUAUAGAGGUCUAAGCUCGCUGGUCUAUGGCUCUAUACCUAAAGCAGCUGUCAGAUUUGGGAUGUUUGAGUUCCUCGGUAAUAAGAUGCGUGAUGAGAGUGGCAAACUAGACAGCAAGCAAGGAUUUUUCUGUGGCCUUGGAGCUGGAGUGGCAGAGGCUGUGGUUGUAGUCUGUCCUAUGGAAACAAUUAAGGUCAAAUUCAUCCAUGAUCAGACAUCAGCAAAUCCAAAGUACAGGGGAUUUUUCCAUGGGGUGAGGGAGAUUAUUAGAUCCCAAGGACUAAAGGGGACUUAUCAAGGGUUAACAGCCACUGUCCUAAAACAAGGCUCAAACCAGGCCAUCCGCUUCUAUGUCAUGACUUCACUAAGAAACUGGUACAAAGGUGAUGACCCCAACAAAGCCAUUAACCCUUUGAUAACUGGACUGUUUGGAGCUAUUGCCGGGGCUGCCAGUGUCUUCGGAAACACUCCCCUGGAUGUCAUUAAGACCAGAAUGCAGGGCCUUGAAGCGCACAAGUACAAAAGCACAGUAGACUGUGCGGUCAAGAUCCUGAAGCAUGAGGGACCACUGGCGUUCUACAAAGGUACUGUGCCUCGGCUGGGUCGGGUGUGUAUGGAUGUCGCAAUAGUCUUCAUUAUCUACGAGGAAGUUGUGAAGCUCCUGAACUUGGUUUGGAAGACGGACUAAAAUCAAGUUGUGCUAAAUAAGCAGGACUGUCAUGACAGGCCAAUCUCCUUAAAUCCUGUUUCUAGGUUCAAAUAUCUGCCUCCAAGUGAUUUUUCAGAAAGAAAGAAAGAAAGGGAUUGGUAUGUUCUUGAUUUAUUUAUAGCCCAGCAAACAGUAGUUGGAACUAUUAUCUAGCAGAAUCACUGCUUACAGAUGCUCUUUUUUUUUUUUUAAAUUCCACAGAACAUUUUUUCACCCUGCUCAAUCAGAGAACUGAGAGUGCUCUCAACACAAACAAGGAACUAAAGUUUGUACGUACUGAAUCAAAGACAAACCAGUUACUUACCUAAUGUAAUAUAUAAACUAUAGGUUAAAAAAUUAUGGGGAGUUGACUCAAAUUUAUUGAAUCAAAAAUUUAAACCCCUUUUAUAUGCAAGUUGUCAGAGAGGUUAGAAACCAUUCUGAGGAUGUGAAAUGCUCCAAAAGCUGCAGGUACAUUAAGAACUGCAUGGCCGAAGUCAAGAUUACAGAGUAAUCUGCUUUGUGAUUUCUUUUAUCCUCUCCAUGCACCUUGGAAGCAGGUGAAGUUGUGCCAGAAAAUUAUUUUUUGCUAAGAUUACAGAGUAACCAGUUGUGGAAGAUGCAGCAUUUCUUUAAAUGAUAAUACACAUGUUCACAUUAUUUAGAAAUGCACAUUUCCAUAAAGAAAGUGUUUGUGGGUAAAGAGGGUUCACUAUUAAGUUGCAGAGAUGUUUUAAAUCAGUUAACUUACUAAUGUCACUAAAAGUGCCUACGUGCUGUAUAAUGAAUUUUGUGGUGUUUUGCGAAUAAGAAUGAUUAUUUAAUGUUGUCACUAAAGACUAGAAUAAUUUACACAUACUACUCUGUUCCAGUCAGUGUCUAAUAAGUUCAUGUCUUCUAUUAUCCUUCGAACUGUUAGUUUUUUGUUGUUUUUUUUCAUUCAUUGAGAAAUGGUGUUAUUAGUGCCUUCCAUCUCGUUCCUUUCUCAUUAACUUUUAAUUGCAGUUUAUUUUUAUUCUUAACUGUGUAAUAUUAGUUGCCUUUUCUUUUUUUAAAUCAACUGAUGACCCAAUGUGCCAACUGCUGCUUGAAAAUAUAAUGCCAUGCUAUUAACUGGAGUUCUAGACACGGAGUCUGGUUGUUUACAUGCAAUGCCUUUUAAAUUAGUUUGCUUAUCUUAUCUCUUUGUGGAGGAGACACAAUGUUUACCACAUGUUGCCUUUUUCAGCCUCCCGUUUAACCAGACCCUACAGGAGCAUCACACUUUGUCACAGAUUUUUAAAUAUUUCUGGAGUUUUCUUGUUAACAGGUGAAUAUUCUAUGAAAAAUAUACCAGGAGUUAAAAGCUGGUAUUGUGCCUUCAAUCUUCUUAAUUCUAAUAUCAAUGCUCAGAAAUAAACAUGGAUCAGACUGUU